CUAUUCUUCAUCCCUUACCAUCAUCAUCAUCGCCAGUUUGAAAAAAACAGCUUCAUUUCAUGGCCAUUUCUAAUUCAUACUCUUCAUUCAGCAAAAUCAGCACUUCUUGUUUCCUCCUCAUCUAUUAUGUUUCAAUCCUUCUUCCAUCAGCCAAUUCUGUUUCUUUCAACAUUACCAGUUUCAACCCCGACUUGAUGGAUAUACAAUACGACGGAGAUGCGACGCCUGAAGCUGGAUCAAUCCAAUUCAACAGGGUGGACUACCUGUAUCGAGUUGGUCAAGCAGUCUAUUCCAACUCAAUUCCCAUCUGGGAUUCAGACACUGGGAAAGUAGCGAAUUUCACUACACAUUUCACCUUCCGAAUCGACACAGGGGACUCUGUUCCUACCAGAUAUGGACAUGGACUUUCCUUCUUUCUCGCGCCUUUUUGUUUCCAAAUCCCUCCAAAUUCAGGCGGUGGUUUCCUCGGAUUGUUCAACACCAGAACCUCCAAUUCUUCCCGCAAUGGAAUUGUGUCUGUCGAAUUUGAUUCAAAUCCGGAUACUGAAUGGGAUCCAAAUUAUGAGCAUGUGGGUAUCAACAUCAAUUCCAUUGCUUCCAAAGUCACAGCUCCCUGGAACGCUAGCUUGCAUAGGUCAGAAAUUGGUAACGCCUGGAUUGUUUACAAUUCUUCCGCAAUGAAUCUCAGCGUGUAUUGGAGUUACGGAUCGAACCCGAAUUCCAGUAUUUCUUAUCUCGUGGAUUUGAAGGAGAUCCUUCCUCGAAGGGUCAUGGUUGGAUUUUCAGCUGCAACAGGAAUCUAUGUUGAGAAACAUUUUGUCUAUUCAUGGGAAUUGUCUUCAGAUUUAGACUUCAAUCUGGACAGCAGUAUUGAAAAAUGGGACACAGACUUGAUCAUCAUCGUAUCAUUAGGCGUAACAGUGGGGAUUGCGGCUGCAGUACUUGAGACUCUAUUGAUCAUCAUGGCUAUAAAGAAUUAUAGAAAACGCUCUAAUGGAAAUAAGGAGGUCACCAACUUGGCUUCAUCUAUGUAAUGGAUGAUUGAAAUUUAAUUUUUCUAGC